CUGUUUAUAAAUUCAAUUUAUUUUGUUUAAAAAUUCGUGAUAUAAAAGUAACUGGAUAUUUACUCGUCGAUUAUUCUUGGGUUCGGCCACGAACGUGUAGCGGGGAAUUAGAGUUCUUACAUAACGUGAUAAAGAUAAAAUGUGUACGUAUCGACUGGAAAAAGCAGGCGAAUAGAGAGUAAGAUUAAAUGCGGGAAGGUCUAGAAGAAGAUUUGAUGAGCCGAAGGCCGAAUUCAGUAGGCAGACGGCUUUUGAGAGGAAAGGACUUCGAUAGAGAGAAAAUUCUGUUCUGAAAUUGUGUUCUUAAUCGCAUUCUUAACAGUGUCGUGGUAUUUGGUGUUAAUCGUGUUUAUAUCCACAAUGGUACAAACAACAAUUCAUCUGCUGACGACUUGGGGAUUUAAUGAAGCAAUAAUUGCUAAUUUUGUAGAUCAAGAAGUAGAAGCUGAUCAAUUUGAUAGUUUAACUGAAGAAGAUCUCAAGAUUUUAAUACCUAACAUUGGUCCACGACGAAAAUUUCAAGUUAAUUUAAAAAAACGUUUAGCUGAUUUUGCGCAAAAAUCUAUAAAAAUCGAGUUAAUUAAUCAACAGCCAGAAGCUACACAGCAAGAAGAUUUAGACUAUCUUCCAAAAAGGCAAAAACUAAAACAAGCAGAAACAUUUAUAGGACAGCUGCAACAUAAUGAGGACAUAAUUACAGUUAAUGUACCGUCUACAUCUGCAAGUACAGAAUAUAAUGAAGAGUUAGACUUAAACUUUCCAAAAAGGGAAAAACAAGCAGAAACAUUUAUAGAACAACUGCAACAUGACGAAGACAUAACUAUAAUUAAUUCAAAUUUACCGUCUACAUCUGCAAAUACAGAAUAUAAUAAUUUAGACUUAAACUUUCUAAAAAGAGAGGAACUAAAACAAGCAGAAAAAUCUAUAGAACAGCUGCAACAUAACGAUGACAUAACUAUAAUUAAUUCAAGUUUACCGUCUACAUCUGCAAAUACAGAAUAUAAUAAUUUAGACUUAAACUUUCCAAAAAGAGAGGAACUAAAACAAGCAGAAAAAUCUAUAGAACAGCUGCAACAUAACGAAGACAUAACUAUAAUUAAUUCAAAUUUACCGUCUACAUCUGCAAAUACAGAAUAUAAUAAUUUAGACUUAAACCUUCCAAAAAAAGAGGAACUAAAACAAGCAGAAAAAUCUAUAGAACAGCUGCAACAUAACGAGGACAUAAGUAUAAUUAAUUCAAGUUCACCGUCGACAUCUGCAAAUACAGAAUAUAAUAAUUUAGACUUAAACCUUCCAAAAAGAGAGGAACUAAAACAAGCAGAAAAAUCUAUAGAACAGCUGCAACAUAACGAAGACAUAACUAUAAUUAAUUCAAAUUUACCGUCUACAUCUGCAAAUACAGAAUAUAAUAAUUUAGACUUAAACCUUCCAAAAAAAGAGGAACUAAAACAAGCAGAAAAAUCUAUAGAACAGCUGCAACAUAACGAGGACAUAAGUAUAAUUAAUUCAAGUUCACCGUCGACAUCUGCAAAUACAGAAUAUAAUAAUUUAGACUUAAACCUUCCAAAAAGAGAGGAACUAAAACAAGCAGAAAAAUCUAUAGAACAGCUGCAACAUAACGAGGACAUAAGUAUAAUUAAUUCAAGUUCACCGUCGACAUCUGCAAAUACAGAAUAUAAUAAUUUAGACUUAAACUUUCCAAAAAGAGAGGAACUAAAACAAGCAGAAAAAUCUAUAGAACAGCUGCAACAUAACGAGGACAUAAGUAUAAUUAAUUCAAGUUCACCGUCGACAUCUGCAAAUACAGAAUAUAAUAAAGAUUUAAACGUCAACCUUUCAAAAAAGGAGAAACUAGAACAAGCAAAAGUAUUUGUAGAACAACUGCAACAUAACGAAGAUAUAAUUAUAAGUAAUCCAAAUUCACCGUCUACAUCUCCAAAUACAGAAUAUAAUAAUAAAGCUACAACAGAUAUAAGGCAACCUACAGCUGAUAACGAAUAUGAUCUAAAAUCUAUAUUAAAGAAAUCUGUAAACGGCCAAUUGCUGCUAAAAUUAGGUAAAAAAAGAAAACAAUUAAAUGAUGACCUACGAAAUAAAUUAGCAAAAAUAAUAAUCAAAAAUGAACUAUCAUCUGAUAUAAACAAUACCAUAAGUAGAGAAAGAGCAUCUUUUCUGAGUGAUCAGAUAACAAAGUUAUUUCCUACUGAAAACAAGAAUAUUUGGUAUAUCAAAAAUAAGAAAGACAAAUUACCAGGCAGAGGAAAAAUUCUAACAAAAUAUUAUUGUAUACGGCGAAAAUAUAUUAAAGCUGGUUUGUUGAACGAAACUGAUGCAGAUUUUGUGCAUGUUUGGCCUGAUGAUAUGAAGCUUAUAUUUAAAGCCUUAAUAGCCAACAGAAAAACUUUAUUACAAAUAAACACAGAUAUUGAAGACUUGCGCAACGAUAUUCGGCAAUUACGAAAUAGUAAUAACAUAGUUACUUUUAAUCCAAUCAAAAAAUUAGAAACAGAAAUGCCUACAAAAUCAAUGGACGAAAUGUCUAUGGAAUCAAGAGACAAAAUGCCUAUUAUAUUAAUGGAUAAAAUGCCUAUGGAAUUAAUAGACAAAAUGCCUAUGAAAUCAAUGGACGAAUUUUUAAAAUUUGAUAAAACUUUAAAUAAUAAAAAAAUUUCUAAAGACUUUAUAAGAUUUGUAAGAAGUAGCUUGGAUCGAUCGACAAAUAAUCCUGUAAAAAGUGUACAUACUAUAUUAAAAAGAAUGUUUAAGAAAAAUUUAGCGUUACAAUUUACGGUUCUAAAGCAGUCAGGAGAAAAACAAAUUUUUAAAUCAACUAACGCGUACAAAAAAAUAAAAGAUAUUGUAAUAGGCACGCAUAUGAACGUUGAAGAUAACCCGAAAAUAACAAAAAAAGUUUUUCAUUCAGCGUUAGGAGUAGGAUUCGCAAAUGCGAGAAAUUGGAUGGAAGAUUGAAUGGCGAUGAAGAAAUUAAGUAAAUAUUUUUAAUAAAAAAAUAAUAAUGCGUGUAUUAAAACAUUAAAAAAUUAAAAAAUAAGAAAGAAAAUAUAAAUGUAAA